UGCAUUUAUACAUAUUCAUUCAUCUUUCUUCAUUAAACACUAUUAAGCAACGUAUCAUAUCUACAUAUAUUAGUUUAAUAGUUAAAAAUGACAUGUUCGUGGGUCUUGUAAGAUGGCGACGGGACUUCCAGUUCUUCCUCAAGGGGAAAUGGCGAGGGGAAGUCACUGAGAAAAGCGCCGAAAACUUGAGCAUUUUACCCACGAAGAAAAGGAAUUAUUGUCAAAGUGGUGUUUGUGCGCCAUCUGCUGGUGACUUUACAAACAUCAAGUUCAUCUAAAGGUGUAGCAGUAGUGUUUGGUUGGACGGCCAUUGGAAGAGGUUUGUUCCUUCUUGGUCGUGUUUUAUUUUUUUUUUAUAUGCUCUAGUUUUAGGGGUUUGGUUGAUAUUUUGCAGUUUAUAAUCGGAGCAAAUCAAGAACAAACCGGGAUUGAACACUCCGCUCAGCCUUUCGUGUUGUUUGGAGUUUCCACCAUGGCUGAGCAUCUAUCUCAAAGUGAACUAGACUACCCUUUCAAAUUACUGGAGUACUUCAAUGGCUUCAGAGUUUCCAAGGUGAUCUUUUCAGCAUGUGAGCAGGGUGUGUUCGACUUGCUUCUGCAAUCCCAGAAGCCCCUGAGUGCAGCUGAGGUAGCACGAGAACUCGGCACCAGUGAGGAUGGCAUGGAGCGGCUCCUCGAUGCGCUUGUGGGUGUUGAGGUCUUGGAGGUGGAGCUAACACAGGGCACAGCCUAUUACAGCAGUACUGAUGUUGCUAAUCUGUAUCUGGCCAAGGACAGCCCUAAAUCUUUAUAUGACAUGAUCAUCUACCAGUCCCAGACCAUCUACCCUCUCUGGAACAACUUGGGAGAUGCGGUCAGGGAAGGAAAGAACCAAAAUGAAAAAACCUUUGGUCUCUCAUCGGAAGACAUCUUCUCAGCUAUAUACAGGUCAGAGGAAGAGUUGUUAAAGUUUAUGGGUUUGAUGAACUCAUCAUGGGUCAUUGACGGCCAUGACGUAGUAAAUGCUUUUGACCUGUCCAGAUUUAAGUCCAUAGUGGAUGUUGGAGGUUGUUCAGGUGCCUUGGCCCGUGAAUUAGCUAAGGCCUACCCUGCUUCCACAUUGACUGUCCUGGACUUGCCAGAAGUCAUCCAAACAGCCCAGAAGCACUUCUCUCAAAGUGAUGACACCAUCAAGUUUCUUGAAGGGGACUUUUUUAAGGAAGACCUCCCUGCUGCUGAUCUGUAUGUCCUAGCAAGGAUCAUCCAUGACUGGAAGGAGGAGAAAAGUCUGACGCUGCUGAGGAAGAUUCACGCAGCCUGUAAUUCAGGUGGAGGUGUUCUGCUGGUAGAGGCUAUGUUGUUGGAGAACCACAGAGGCCCCAUCAUGGCUCAGCUCUUCUCCCUGAACAUGCUGGUUCAGACGGAGGGGAAGGAGCAGCCACCCUCUCACUACACACGCCUGCUCACGGCGGCUGGCUUCACUGACGUGGGGGUGUGCAGGACGGGCAAAUCCUACGACACCAUCCUCGCUCUCAAAUAACUACACAUGUACCCCCUGUAUCAAUGCAGUAUAACGUUUCCUCUGUUGUAUGAAGUUACUGCGAACCAGGAUUGCAGAGAGGAAACCCUGUAUUUGGAAACUUUUUAAAAUGCUUAAUUCCUCGUAGAGAGAUUGUUUUCAAAUUUCACAUCAUCUAUAAUUCUGUAUCCAGGCUUUUUUGUAAGGAUAAAAGUGUAGUUAGUAGUUUCUUGGACAUAAAAACAAUAGGAACAAUUUAUUAUGCCACACAUAUUUAAUUUAAUGGUCUAUUUAGGAUUAUUUUAGUUGAAGAAGUCAAACUUAUAGGGAUGGACUGAAGAAUGGAGGAAAAGCUUUGACAAAAACAUGUAUUACACUGCAAAAAAAAAAUGCAAGACACACUUAAAUCUAGUCUCUUUAGUGUACUAAAAUCAAGAAAAAUAAAAUAAAAAUCUGCCAAUGGGGUAAGCAAAACUGACUUGGUAAGAAUUCUUGAAAAUACCAUAAAUAUUUAGUCACUAAAAAUGCUAUUGGAUCUUAAAACCAGACAAAAAUGCCAACAUUUAAGCAAGUUGUGCUUUUUUUUUAUUUUUUUUUAUUUUUUUACAAACAAUUAAAACUCAACUAUUCAAGAUAGUCUUACUUAAAAUGAACAUUUUCGUCUUUUGAUUGAGCUGACUUUAAGAAUCUAUCCCUUAAUCUGAGAUUAAAAAUUAGAAGAAAAAAAAAAGCUUACAAUAAGACACAAUUUCUUCCAAACAGCAUAAUAAAAACAACAGACACAAGACAAAAACAUGUGGACUGUGAGAUCGGCUGUAGCACACAUGACAACACAACAACAAGAAAAGCUUGACAAUUGGGUGCUGAAAUAUUAGAACUUCUAUAAGGAUGCUUAUUAGGGGUUACACAGAACAGGUGUGAGUGAUCAGUGGGACAUGUGACAUGCUGGGGCUGAUGGGUAAUGUAGUUCAGUGUGGAUUUCAGCAUAACCAUGACACACAGCUGCUUCGUUGGACAAUUGAAGCAUGCAAUUGAUCUUAGUCUUAAAAUAAGGAAAACCAUCAUGUUCCUCUGCCGGGAUAUGAUGCAAACCAUUGUUGUAGCUUGUUACUGGUUAAAUCUAGCUCAAUAUUAGCUGGAAUAUCGUAUUAAGACAAAGUUAGAUCAAUUUUCUUAAAAUUAUAUAGAUUUUUAUUUAUUUAUGUUGCAUUAUGUUUUGCAUUAGAUACUUUUCUAAUGCAAAACAUGCUUGAAAAGAUUAUUUUUCUUUUUACACAUAAAAUAAGACUCAUUUCCCCAAAACCAAAGCUUUUUUACUUUCUUGAAAUUUCUUUUUUGCAGUGUACAUGCGUAGACAAUCAUUGACGGAAUUCAACACCAGCCCUUAAAUGAGUUUGGAGUAAUCUCCAAAAUGUUCAUGGUAAUUGCACACACACACACACACACACACACACACACACACACACACACACACACACACACACACACACACACUAGAGAUGCAGUAGAUAGAGAUUACGAGAUUAAACACUGAAGUUUUUAGCUUUAAGUUCCACAUUUCCAGCCUGAAGUCCUGCACUUCCUUUAUCAAAAUAUGAUCAGUAUUACCGUAGUGACUGGAAUUAUAUCUGUAUUUCCUUCAGGUCUCUGUUUACCUCACAUAACUGCUGUUUGGACCCUAACUGUGAAAAAAAGCUGUGAUGUAUAUAAUAUUUUUUUGUAUUAAAUGCACUAGACUGGUGGGUGUACUGUAUGUUAAGAAAUAAUUACUCCUUUUACACUUAUAUGUAGUGAUUAUUGAUCAGUAUUACAGCAUGAUUCUGUGUGUGUGUGUGUUUGCAUUUUGCAGAAAUACAGUAUUUGAGAAUUAAUAAUAUUUGUCUUUAAUUAAUGUCAACAGACAACAUUUGUGUUCUCUCAUAUUGGCUGUCCCACAUGUCAGAUAAAACCACAUUUGUUUUGUAAACAGUUAA